UGCCAUAGCUCAUUUUCUGCGCCCUGCACUGCUGUGUCAUGUCAUCCUCGAACGAUGCUCCUCCUCACUCAGAUGCUCCAAAGGGAAGCCAUUUCUUCGCCUCCCUCGUCACUCCAGUCAUGCAUCGCGUCGCGACACGCAAAGACGAAACUGAACGCGCAACUGCGUGCCCUGCGCCUUCUCUCAUUUCUGCGCCCUUUUCGCCGUCACGCACUGCGUGGGCGGAAAUUGCGGCGGGCGAGAAGAGCAGUCGCGUCGCGUGGCGCGCAGAAAUCCUCCCCCCAGCCGCACAUCCAAUACGCUCGCUCGCCCGCUCCAGUGCCGCAACUGAGGUCGGGCAUUGCUCAGACAGGUGGCGCUGGGAAGGGUUAUCCUAACAAGGUCAUCGACUCAUCCCGUGCAGGGAAAGCGCAUCUAUGCACGGCUGUAUGUACGUAGGCGGCUGUACAGCGUACAUUCUUCCACCUGCUGCUGCGCCUGGCUGCCGAUGCGGCGGAGUGGCCCCCACAUACACAGGGCUCAUCUCAGCCCAGUCUUGUCCAGUCAGGAAAGAGAGCGCGCUGCCGGAAUAAGUUGUGAUCCACGUGGCAAAUGAUUCUUUUCCAAGGAGAUGGCUGUCCGAUUUCUAGGCAGACUUGGCGGCUGGAGCAGGCAGGCCUCCUCAAAGCUUUAUUCAAAAGCUACGUGCUUGUCCUCCUCGCAGGCAUCAGCAGCAUGAUGCUUCAAACCAUAAAUGUAUUUUUUCUUUUUUUUCUUCACGGACGUUCUGCCCUCUUUCUCAUCUCACCCGCCCUCCCGCCCGUGGGCAGCGCCCUUACACUUACUGAUCCAGUGCCCACUUUUCAGCCAUGGCUGCCCUUCCGGCCGCUGCCGAUCGGAAUGGUGGCUCGUCUUCACCGCUUUGGCUCGCAUGACGCGCGUGCUCGCACAGUGCUCGCACAGUGUUCCAGCAGUCGAGCCAAGGCGACAGGGUUGGACUUUCCCCCCCCAUCUCGUCCCAGCUUCUCGUCCGUUGAACCCCAGGUUAGGAGCGCUUCAUCCGCCCUCCGCCCGCCGCCCUCCGCCUUAUAGUCCUCUCUCCAGGUCUCGCUCUCGCUCUCUGCUCACCUACAAGAAGCGCGCAUUCGUCGCAUCCCUUCAUUGUUGAACGAUUAUCGACGCCUGCUCCAGUUUGGAAUGCUACUUGGGUAUUCUCGUAUACCACUCGAUCACCAUCUGCUAACCCGAUGUUGGUACGGCGGCGCCAGUAGCGCGACCGCGCGAUCGACGAGCCGCUGCUGGUUAGGACGACAUUCCAUCACUGCGCUGAUUCCCCUAGUAAUGCUUCCCGCACACUCCUGCCAGUCAUCCGUGUCGCUGCUAGGGUCGCUGCCAGUCAUUCCUGUCGCGGAUCCUCGUUCGAUUUUCUCUCACCAUCGCUCCCUCGGGAGCGCCUGCUCCUAGGGUUGGCGUUCUGAUCUAACUAAAUUUAGACGAUGGAUUUCUUCGACACAGACCGAUUCAGCAUAAUCGCAUCCUCCCUCACCGAUUGGCUCCUGACUGAGAAUCUGGCUGCCGGCACGAAGACGGCCUCCGGGAUUGCCGUUGCGACGGCUGCUGCUGACCAAUCAGCUCCUAUUGAGAGACGUUAGUCUGUCAGUCCCCGUUACAAUCUUCACUAACAAACGGCUCCACCUGGACGGAAGGUUAUUUUGAAUUGGUUCGACUUGAAUCUGAUUGGUUGACAUCCGGAGGUGCGAAAUACGGCUCAGCUAGAACUGAGCGUCUUCUUGCUGAUAUGGCGGCUGCAGAUUCGUUGCCAGAUUCGCCUCAAUCCUCGGGCGGCGCAGCACGCCUGAAGAGCAGUCCGCAGGGACGGCAGCGGCUUUCCAUCAAGCCAGCUCACUUCAGCCCGGAGGCGCGGGUUCAAUUCUCAGCGCGGCUGAAAAGGCUCAUUGAAGGUGUGGCUGGGGCGGAGGGGACUACGGCUGGGCCAAUCAGCAAAAGCCAUAGCCCAGGCUGCAGUGGCGGGAAACCUUCUCCAAGAGGCGGUGUGACUAUAUUAAAGGGGACGUUACAGGAGAAGCAGGGCAGUGACACGGAUGCAGGAAAUGACGUCAGCAGCCAUCAUGUCCUCUUGGACAAGAAACCUUCUGUGGGGGCGACGGGGGACUGUAAGACAGCGACGCCAUGUGACUGUAUCGAAAGGCAGAACUCAGGGGGUCUCAGCCUGAGCAACAUGGCCUUGCUGCGGUUCACACUCGCUCCUGCCUCUGCAGUCAACCCCCUUACUGUCACCCUCCCUGCUGUCACCCCCCUGACUGUCACUCCUCCUGGCAUCACAGCAGCACCAGCAAGCGACUCUGCGUUUACUGCUGCAUCCUCUGGGGCUUCCCCCUUCACCUCCUCCUCGUCCUCCUGCUCCAUCCCCCUACCCUCAGCUGCUCAGCCUAAAAGCGCCUGGGAUUCUGCCCUCGGUGCUGCUGCUCCUGAUGCUACUGCCACUGAUGCUGCCGUCCUGUCUUCUCCCACUGCACACGUGGCUGCUCCUGACUUUAUGCAAGACAACUCGGACCCUAUUGGCGAUUUCAUCCCCACCCCUGGCAUGGAGGAGUGUGCUGCUGCUGCCGAGGGCGCUGGGAGGAUGGAGGAGGAGGCUAGUCUUCCUUCUCCCCCUACUCGUUCUCCGCUCAUCCCCUCGUCUCUGCCUUCUCCUGCCUCUCCAUCCCGCCUGGCCCUCCACCGUACACCACUCCUUAGGAUACCUGACCUCAGCCUUCUAACCGCACGUGCCACCUCCACUCAAGGUGCUGCUGUUUCGGCCCCUGCUGCUCCCUUUAUCUCUGCCCCUGCUCCUGCUCCUUCCCCUACCUCUGCCUCUGCUCCUGCCCCUCGGUGUGACAAUAACGAGGUGCUGAUGGUCCCGGAGGACGACGGCUUCAUGUGGCGCAAGUACGGGCAGAAAUUCAUCCGAGGCUGCGGGCGGCCCAGGCUGUAUUUCCGGUGCGGGCAGCCGGGCUGCCCGGCGAGGAAAACCGAGGAGCGGGCGGCGGAUGGGAAGGUUUUGGAGCGGACGUACCUGGGGCUUCACACUCAUGAGGCUCCGGCUGCUGUGAGUGGCGAGCUGAACCGACAGGUGGGGGAGAUGUGCCGGCGGCUCGACAUGCUGGGAGAGGAGCAGAAAGAGGAGAUGCAGGGAGAGGGCCAGCAGCAGUUGAUGAUGGUGGUGGAAGAGAAGCAGGCUCAGCAGGGAAAGGAUGAGGAGAAGCGGCAGCAGCAGCAGCAGCAGCAGAAACCGUUGGAGUGGCAGCAGCACCUGGAGUCAGGAGUGUAUGGAACCAGCAGCAAGCUCCAAGGCCUCUUUGACCUCUCCCUCUUCGAUUCCUUCCAGAGUGACUACAACGAGUGUGAUGGGAGCAGCAACAGCAGCGGUAGCAACAGCUGCUCGUUGUCUGGUGGAGAGCUAUCUGGGGAAGGCAUAUCUCAGGGAGGUGUAUCUGGCGCAGGUGUAUCUCACGGGGGCCUCGCCUGGGCGGUGACUGAUAAAGCAUGGGGAGGGGUAGCUACAGGUGACUGUAACGAGGGGCAGCUCAGCAGCCCCAGCUGCUCGCUUGCUAUGAUCGAGUCACUACUGAUGAGUGAUAAUGAGGCCAGCAAUAACGAGUACAGGUGGAGGGAAGGAGGGACAACGGAGGUCAAAAGCAUGUCAAACGACGAAGUGACUGCAGGCAAUAUGACAAUAACGAAUGGGGCAUUGGCUGUGGGCAUGGAUGCGCUUCUCAAGUUGCCGCAACCACGCCCACAUCCAACGCACUGUUCACCCGUGAACUGUUCAUCACAUGGCUGCCGCCCAGCAUGUCCAGUUGGCAGCAGCGGAUUGGUUCUUCCAGCAGAUUUCAAGAGGAAGGGGUCCCCUUGUGGAGAAGGCGGAGGAGAGGAGGAGGCUUUGGACGUGUGUGCAUGCUGCAAGCACGGGGAGCGAAACUCAGUCAAGCAGCAGCGCACAGCUUCUGGUACGACCAGCCCUUCUCAGGCAGCAGCCGCACGCGCAUGGGCAGCUGCACCCUCCCCUCCAGGCGUUGCUCCAGGCGCUCCUUCAGGUGUUUAUUCAGGUGCUGCAUCAGGCAGCCCCUCAGCUGUGCGCAUGGUGUGCGCUCACCAAGUGAUGGAGGAGCCAAAGCUGGUGGUGGCUGUGCGCAGUGACGUCGAUGUAGUGGACGAUGGUUACCACUGGCGGAAAUACGGACACAAGCUGGUCGGGGGUAACACCUUCCCCAGGAGCUAUUAUCGAUGCACCAGCGGGAACUGCAAAGUGCGCAAGCAGGUGGAGCGCUCCAAGCAAGACCCGUCCAUGGUGGUAACUACCUAUGAAGGCCGGCACAACCACUGCGCACCUGGACCCAUUCUCUGCCUCCCCCAGUCACUGUAGCUGGCAGCGUUACAUCGGCUUCUAGCUGUCUCUGGCCUAGCCCUAUCAUGGGCCAUGGCCUGCUUGUUGUGUGGGAGGUUCCCUUUUCUUUCUUGCAUGCUUUCCUUUCCUGCAGGUUGUUCCAAGCGCCAACGCAAGGCCUGCAACACAAUCGUUGGACUUGGUGUUUCGGGCCUUGCGGUGGCACAUGGAACCACCGUACGUAGUAUGGAUUCACAUAGGCAGUUGGAGUUGAGGUGGUUUAGAUGGUCCUUGUAAUUUAUCAGCCAAGAACCGAGCCCAGAACAUGGACUGCAUCAAAGCAUGGAGGUUGGAUGUUCUGGUUUCGCUUCUUGGUUCUUAAUAAAGUCAGGCUUGAUUG